GUUAAAAACAACGACAACAUGAAGUUUACCAUUUUUGCCUUGGCUCUCUGCCUGGUCUGCGUUAAUGCACUGGUGGUGCCCCAGCCUCCCAGCGAGGACUCUUCGCAGGACCUUGCCCUGAACGAUUUGGACUUUUUGCUCGAUGGCGAGCUGGAUGUGGAAGACCUUAAUGCGCUCACGUUUACCUACAGGGGUCUGAAGACCAUCCUGCGCACCAUAAAGGGAUUCAAUUGCGCCAUCAAGUGGGUGGUGGGCAUAAAGGCCAGUGCGUUGGGAUUCAACAGGGACGUGAUCACCUGCGGUGUCACUGCCACCAAGGAUGUGACCAAUCUGAUCAACGCCAACCUCAAGAUCAUCAGCACCUGCAACGAUGUGGUCAAUAUGGAGUCGAACAUUUGCGAGGGGGUGAACGGCGAGGAGCCCACGAUCACCAAGCGCUGUGUGGUGAGGACCGCCCUCAAAGUUUGGUCCCUGAAGAAGCAAGUGAAGAAUGUCGUCAGCCUGGCCAAGAAGAUUCCCCAAACCGGACCGAAUGCCGUCGUCUGUGUGAAUGAUGCCGUCAGCACCCUGACCACCUACUACACCGCCUUCCCCCAGAACAUGCUCACCUGCUCCCAGCUCACCUCCUAAAGGGUUUCCUAUCCAAAACCAAUUCAAGCAUUCAAUAAAAAAUCCCUGGUGAUUACAA